AUGUCCGCAACAAUGAGGCCCAUAAAGACCUUGCGCCCGUCUUACGCUGGUACCCGUGCGGGGUUCCAGAGGCGUCUGGUUCUGGCACUUUCAGCCAUCCCAUCGCGCUCGUUCUCCUGCACUGCGCAGCGACGAGACGACAAGCAAACUGCCACUCCUUCCAACCUCAUUACAUCCGUUCCCUACUCCGCACUCACAGUUGGUAUCCCGCUCGAGACAUAUCUCAAUGAGCGCCGUGUAGCUCUCACGCCUCAAAAUGCUACACUUCUUCUGAAAAAGGGAUUUAGUCGCGUGCUCGUAGAACGCGGCGCCGGCUCCGAGGCAAAAUUCACUGACGAAGCAUAUCAUGAUGCUGGAGCCACCGUGGUUGAGCGUUCCCAGGUUUGGGCGGACAGUGACAUCCUGCUUAAAGUUCGCAGCCCCAGAAUCGAAGGGGAUAUCAAUGAGGUGCAGCAGAUGCGCGAGGGAUCGACUCUGCUUUCGUUCUUGUAUCCGACACAGAAUCAGAAUAUCGUAGCGGCGCUAGCUAACCGGCAUAUCACUUCAUUCGCGAUGGACAUGAUUCCGCGUAUUUCACGCGCACAGGUUUUUGAUGUGUUGAGUUCCAUGGCCAAUAUCGCGGGCUAUAAAGCCAUCCUAGAGGCAUCGAAUCACUUUGGCAGAUUCUUGCCUGGCCAAGUGACUGCUGCUGGAAAGAUUCCGCCUGGAAAGGUCCUUGUAAUUGGGGCUGGUGUUGCAGGUCUGAGUGCAAUCUCUGCGGCGCGCCGAAUGGGUGCAAUUGUACGCGGGUUCGAUACUCGACCCGCUGUGCGAGAGCAAGUUCAGUCCCUCGGGGCAGAAUUUAUCGAAGUCGAUAUCGAAGAGGAUGGUUCUGGAGCUGGUGGAUAUGCUAAGGAGAUGUCCAAGGAAUUCAUCGAAGCUGAGAUGAAACUGUUUCUGGAGCAGGCCCGUGAGGUUGAUAUCAUCGUGACAACGGCUCUGAUUCCCGGGAAGCCUGCUCCGAAACUCAUCACUGACGAGAUGGUGGCUGCGAUGAAACCCGGCUCCGUCAUUGUUGAUCUCGCAGCUGAAGCUGGGGGCAAUUGCACAUUGACCGUACCGGGACAGAAGGUAAUCCGAAAUGAUGUUACAAUCAUCGGAUACACGGACCUUCCUUCUCGACUCCCUACACAGUCCUCGUCCUUAUACUCUAACAACAUUACCAAGUUCUUGUUCUCCAUGGCCCCCGAGGCUAAGCACUUUGGCAUCGACCCAGCGGAUGAAGUCGUUCGCGGCUCAAUCGUCACCCACGGCGGUGAAAUUCUCCCUCCAGCACCGCGUCCUGCGCCACCGCCAGCCCCACAGCCAAAAGCUGGGGCCACGGACGUUUCCAAGGAGCCCGCCGAGUUGGCCCUGACGCCAUUCCAGAAAGUAUCUCGUGAAGUUGCUACCGUGACUGCUGGGAUGGGAACUGCUCUUGCACUCGGUAAAUUCACCGGCCCUCUAUUUAUGGGGAACGUGUUUACCGCCGGUCUUGCUGGUCUCAUUGGAUACCGAGUUGUCUGGGGCGUGACUCCUGCUUUACAUUCUCCCUUGAUGAGUGUGACAAACGCAAUUUCUGGUAUGGUGGGAGUGGGAGGUUUGUUCAUCAUGGGUGGUGGAUAUCUACCCGGUACCAUUCCUCAAACUCUCGGCGCACUCUCCGUCCUCCUUGCUUUCGUCAAUGUGUCUGGUGGUUUCGUGAUUACCAAACGAAUGCUUGAUAUGUUCAAACGUCCCACCGAUCCACCGGAAUACCCCUGGCUUUACGCUAUCCCCGGCCUGCUUUUUGGUGGAGGAUACAUUGCUGCCGUUAGCACCGGAAUGGCAGGCCUCGUACAGGCCGGCUAUCUCGUCAGCAGCGUCUUGUGUAUCAGCUCUCUGUCCGGGUUGGCUUCCCAAGCAACCGCAAGACAAGGAAAUCUGCUUGGUAUUCUCGGCGUUAGCUCCGGAAUCCUUGCGUCGUUGGCCGCUGUUGGUUUCCCUGCUGAAGUUCUAGCCCAGUUUGCCGGUGUUGCGGGCCUUGGAAGUAUCCUUGGUGCUAUUAUUGGUCGCCGCAUUACUCCUACUGAGCUUCCCCAAAUGGUGGCUGCUCUACACUCCGUUGUCGGUCUGGCUGCCGUCUUGACUAGCAUCGGUAGUGUGCUUGCUGACGUUGGAUCAAUCUCUACAUUGCACCUUGUGACUGCCUACCUGGGUGUCCUUAUUGGUGGUGUCACCUUUACAGGAUCAAUCGUGGCAUUCUUGAAACUUGCUGGAAAAAUGGCUUCAAGGCCUUUGAAUCUUCCUGGACGGCAUUUGAUCAACUCCUCGCUCCUUGGUGGCAAUAUGGCACUGAUGGGUACAUUCAUCGCCAUGGCCCCUGGCUCACCCGCUAUUGCAGCUGCGUGUUUGGGCGCCAAUACGAUCUUGAGUUUCUUGAAGGGAUAUACCACCACCGCCGCCAUUGGUGGCGCUGAUAUGCCUGUCGUGAUCACUGUGCUUAACGCUUACUCCGGGUUUGCACUUGUUGCGGAGGGUUUCAUGUUGGAUAAUCCGUUGCUUACGACGGUCGGCUCCUUGAUUGGAGUGAGCGGUUCUAUUCUCUCAUACAUUAUGUGUGUUGCUAUGAAUCGCUCAUUGACCAAUGUGCUAUUCGGUGGCAUUGCCUCCUCUCCAACGGCAGUUGAGCAUCAAAUCGAAGGCCAGAUCACAAAGACUUCGGUUGACGACACCGCUGAUGCGCUUUUGAAUGCAGAGAGCGUUAUUAUUGUUGUCGGGUACGGUAUGGCUGUGGCCAAGGCUCAAUAUGCGAUCUCAGAGAUUACUCGGAUGCUUCGGGCUAAGGGCAUCAAAGUGCGGUUUGCAAUUCACCCUGUGGCAGGCAGGAUGCCCGGGCAGUGCAAUGUCCUUCUCGCAGAAGCAGCAGUCCCAUAUGACAUCGUUUUGGAGAUGGACGAGAUUAAUGAUGACUUUGGCGAAACCGACGUCACGCUUGUCAUUGGCGCCAAUGAUACUGUAAAUCCCAUUGCGCUUGAGCCUGGGUCCUCCAUUGCCGGUAUGCCCGUUCUUCACGUGUGGAAGAGCAAGGAGGUUAUCGUUAUGAAGCGUGGAAUGUCGAGUGGUUACGCCGAUGUGCAAAACCCGAUGUUUUACAUGCCUGGAACGAAGAUGUUGUUUGGUGAUGCGAAGACCUCGUGUGAUGUGGGAAGCGAGUUUGCUGACCAGCAUAUGACAAACAGCUAUCCAGCAUGCUCUUGA